GUUCUCUACCUCCAGUGACUCUUUGAGGAUCAUCCGACAUUGUUGAUACACUGUACUUGCAACACAAGUAACGAAUCGCCAAAAUGUCGGACGGAGAAGAGCCCACUUCCCCCGUCGCCGCGGCCGAUGAAGUCGAAGUCUCUGGCGAUGCCGCUGCUUCUUCCGGUUCCAUGUCUGUCCUCGAUGCCUUGAAAGGUGUCCUCCGCAUUGCCCUCAUCCACGACGGUCUUGCCCGCGGUCUGCGCGAAGCCUCCAAAGCUCUCGAUCGUCGCCAAGCACAUAUGUGCGUUCUCAACGAGGCCUGCGAGGAAGAAGCCUACAAGAAGCUCGUCAUUGCGCUGUGCUCGGAACACAAGAUCCCGCUGAUCAAGGUGCCCGAUGGCAAGAUGUUGGGCGAAUGGGCCGGCCUCUGCGUGCUCGACCGUGAGGGCAACGCGAGAAAGGUGGUCAACUGCUCUUGUGUCGUUGUCCGAGACUGGGGUGAGGAGAGCCAAGAGCGCAAUGUGCUGUUGAACUAUUUCCAGACCGAGCAGUAGAUUCCUUCCCGGGAGUUCUUGACUCGUGCCCUUGGCAACAACCGAAAAUGUCCAUGGGAUACUCGACAUUUUCGCGAAGACUGCACGGAAAUCAUCGUUGAGCAUAGCAUUGGCAUGGAACGGAACAGGUCAAAAAAGGGGGAUCUUCCCGAGAGCAGACUGGAAAAGAAAAGCGAGCAGACGCCUUCUCAACUUCUCUUCGAUGCAAGAUGGACAAUAGGCUAGGGUGUGAUAAAGUGAGGAUACUGGGGUAGAUGAUGUGUUUUUGAUGGAUGGGUGGACAGAUCAAGUUCAAUCUGAUCUGUGUCGCUUGCAUAUGGCUGUCCACAUCGUCUCACUGCAUGAUACAGCAUGCGGGAGGCAUCAGACAAAUCAAGACUUCAUCUCAACCUCAUCUUCGUCCCGCCAUAUUCGUUUAGAAAAUUCCGCUGAUUCAGAAUGUGACCAUCUCCUCUCAA